UACAAGUACCUAGGGAUAGCUGCUUUAUAUAAAAAGGAGCUGGAUUGAAAUAAAGUGUUACAUGAUGAUUUAAUAUUCACGUUAAGAAAAAAGUCCUUCUUGAUUUGUCCAAUUAUAUAUUUUUCCAAAAAAGAUAUUAAAAUAAAGAAAAUUAGAUUAUUAUGUUCUAGAUUCUAGAAACUACAUCUCUAUAUAACCUUACAAGUGGAACUAGUGAAUUUAUUUAUCAUGAGCUUGAAAAAUCUUUGCCCCUUCCUCUUACAGCUCAAGCAAUCUCUCAAUUUACCAUCUCUCAGGAAUCGAGUUCUCAAAAGACCAUCAAAAACUCACACUGCAAGUUACUUUCUCAGCAAAAAUCUCAGGCUUAGCCAACCAACCAUCGUGGAGAGUCACAGUAAAUCCAACAUGAAUAGCUUCAACAAAUGCGUCAACUCUGACCUAGAAACUCUCUACAACCGUCAUUUCAUACCAGAGUUAAAUGACUUAUACAUCGACCGUCCAACCGACAUGCUCUGUGCGUGUCCCGAUUGCGGAGCUCUCACUGGCCUCUUCAAAGACCCCACGGGCUCUAUCAAACGCGACGACAGAUCGCAAGUCAUAUUUGUCGAUGGAGCAUGUAGUGGAAAUGGACAAGCAGGAGCACAAGCAUCCUAUGGUGUUUAUUUCGGCGACGGAGCUAAAAACAAUCGUUCGGGUUUAAUCGAUAGAGAUCUCCCGCAAACUAAUCAAGUUGCCGAACUCGUUGCCGCUAUCGUGGCUCUUAAAAUCGCGAGGGGUCAGUUGUAUGAGGAUAUUGAGAAGAGAGUUCGUCGCUUGCCAAAUCGUCACAGUAUUCUUAUUAUUACCGAUUCGGCAUAUGUGGUAAAUGGGGCGACGAGUUGGGUGUUGGAGUGGAAUGAAAAUGGAUUUAGGACAUCGACGGGUGCGCCGGUCAAGAAUGCGGAACUCUUUGUGGAAUUGGAUGAUUUGAUUGAGGAGUUCAAGGGAUAUCAUGUUCCCGUUUGGUUCUGGCAUGUUAGGAGAGAGUUUAAUAGGUCGGCUGAUGCCAUGGCUCGUAUUCCUCUUUAUGGUGAUCAGGAGAUUCCUGCUGUGAUUCCUUUUAUCAGAGACUGAGGAAUGGUUGGGUGGUGCGUGGUGAGAUGAGCUAGCUAUCUUUCUAUGCAGGUGCGGUUAACUGGUGUCCUGUGAAAAUAUUGUGGUGUAAAUGGUGGGAUGUGGAUGAAGUAGAAGUCAUUCCCACGGGCAAAUUAUCUUGAGCACAUAACCUUGUAGUUGAUGUAGGAAGUUUGGGGACUAAAAGAUAUUGACACAGGUUAAAGUUUCGAUUUGAUAAGACUUAACUUACGUU